AUGGAUAAUGCCCUUAGAACUGAGGUGGUCGAGGAUCAGAUAUGGAAAGAGAGCGUUGUUAGGCGCGAUACUAUGAGGAAGUUAGGGUUUCAGUAUCAGCCACCAUCUUCCUCUUCUUCUUCUAAUAACAAUGGUGAUCCCGAUCUUGGUACUUCUGAUCUCAGUCUUGGGGUGGUCGAGAAGGAGAAGGAAGAGGAGGAAGAGUCGGUUCUGAAACCGGAUUUGGAGGAGAAGAAAGAAGAAAAAGAAGAAGAGAAGGAUGAGGAAAAUGUUGUCGACAGGUAUUUCAGUGGAGAAGAAAUGGGGAGCCAGAAUGGAAGUGACGAUGGAAAUGAGAAUGUGAAUGAGGACGAGAAUGGGUAUGGGAAUGGGAGUGAGAAUGAGAAUGAAAAUGAGGAUGAGGAUGAGGAUGAAGAUGAGGAUAGGAAGAGAGAAGUGGAAGAGAACGAUAAUGAAGAUGGUGGAGUGGGAGAGAAUAAGAGUGGAAAUGAGACUGAAAAUGGCAGUGAUGUAAAUAAUGGUAGCGGUGAGAUGGAUAAGAAGCUCUGA